GCUCACUUUCUCAGUACAGGUAAAAGGGACCAUGAAGACAGCCAUCUGGACUUGUCGUUUUGCGGGUAGUAUCCAGCCCCACCGAUCGCUCCCACACACGGACGACUGAAUGACGAGCGAGGAUGGCCGGAGGAAGGAGAGGACUUGUAGCCCCUCAAAACACUUUUUUAGAAAAUAUUGUCAGACGAUCUAACGAUACCAAUUUUGUCCUUGGGAAUGCUCAGAUCGUGGACUGGCCCAUCGUCUACAGCAACGAUGGCUUCUGCAAGCUGUCGGGGUACCACAGGGCGGAAGUCAUGCAGAAGAGCAGCACAUGCAGCUUCAUGUACGGGGAGCUCACAGACAAGGAUACUAGCGAGAAAGUACGGCUAACGUUUGAAAACUACGAGAUGAACUCAUUUGAAAUACUAAUGUAUAAAAAAAACAGAACGCCGGUAUGGUUCUUUGUCAAGAUAGCCCCUAUACGAAACGAACAGGAAAAAGUGGUGCUGUUUCUGUGCACCUUCAGUGACAUCACAGCCUUUAAACAACCAAUAGAAGAUGAAACUUCAAAAGGUUGGGGGAAGUUUGCCCGGCUAACUCGUGCUCUGACCAGCAGUAGAGGGGUGUUACAGCAGCUACAGCCUACUGUACACAAGGGAGAGAACGUUCACAAGCACUCUCGCCUAGCUGAGGUCCUCCAGCUGGGCUCAGACAUCCUCCCCCAGUACAAGCAGGAGACGCCCAAGACGCCGCCCCACAUCAUCCUCCACUACUGCGCCUUCAAGACCACAUGGGACUGGGUCAUCCUCAUCCUCACCUUCUACACGGCCAUUAUGGUUCCUUACAACGUCUCCUUCAAGACCAAGCAGAACAACGUGACGUGGCUGGUGGUGGACAGCAUCGUAGACGUAAUCUUCCUGGUGGACAUUGUACUCAACUUCCACACUACCUUCGUGGGCCCGGCCGGAGAGGUCAUCUCUGACCCCAAGCUCAUCAGGAUGAACUACCUGAAGACCUGGUUCGUCAUCGACCUGCUCUCCUGCCUGCCUUACGACGUCAUCAACGCCUUCGAGAAUGUGGACGAGGGGAUCAGCAGUCUGUUCAGUUCUCUGAAGGUUGUCCGGUUGCUGCGCUUGGGCAGAGUAGCCCGUAAACUGGACCACUACAUUGAGUAUGGAGCCGCCGUCCUCGUCCUGUUGGUGUGUGUCUUCGGCCUGGCUGCCCACUGGUUGGCCUGCAUCUGGUACAGCAUCGGUGACUAUGAGGUGAUAGACGAGGAGACAGGCAUCCUGCGGACAGACAGCUGGCUGUACAUGCUGGGGGAGACAGUGGGCUCGCCAUACCGCUUCAACGCCAGCGGCACAGGGAAGUGGGAAGGCGGCCCCAACAAAGACUCGGUCUACAUCACAUCUCUAUACUUCACCAUGACCUCUCUGACCAGUAUAGGGUUCGGAAACAUCGCCCCCACCACCGACGGAGAGAAGAUCUUCGCUGUCGCCAUGAUGAUGAUUGGAUCCCUGCUUUACGCCACCAUCUUCGGUAACGUCACCACCAUCUUCCAGCAGAUGUACGCCAACACCAACCGCUACCACGAGAUGCUGAACAGCGUCCGUGACUUCCUCAAACUCUACCAGGUGCCCAAGGGGCUGAGCGAGAGGGUCAUGGAUUACAUCGCCUCCACCUGGUCCAUGUCCCGGGGCAUAGAUACUGAAAAGGUAUUGCAGAUAUGCCCUAAGGACAUGAGGGCAGAUAUCUGCGUCCACCUGAACAGGAAAGUCUUCAAAGAACACCCUGCGUUCAGGUUGGCCAGUGACGGGUGCCUGCGUGCCCUGGCCAUGGAGUUCCAGACUAUCCACUGUGCCCCUGGUGACCUCAUCUACCAUGCCGGAGAGAGCGUGGACAGCCUCUGUUUCGUGGUCUCAGGAUCCCUGGAGGUCAUCCAAGAUGACGAGGUGGUGGCCAUCUUAGGUAAGGGGGAUGUGUUUGGGGAUGUGUUCUGGAAGGAGGUGACCCUGACCCAGGCUUGUGCCAACGUGCGUGCCCUGACCUACUGUGAUCUCCAUGUCAUCAAACGGGACGCCCUGCAGAAGGUUCUGGAGUUCUACACGGCCUUCUCUAACCACUUUUCACGGAACCUGCUGCUCACUUACAACCUGCGGAAGAGGAUUGUGUUCAGAAAAAUCAGCGAUGUGAAACGGGAGGAAGAGGAGCGACUGAGACGAAAGAAUGAAGCACCCCUUAAUCUCCCGCCGGACCACCCGGUGCGUCGGCUCUUCCAGCGGUUCCGUCAGCAGAAGGAGGCCCGUAUACAUCAGGAGCAGGCCAACCCAUCCGAUGACAUGGAGAGAGGUCAAACCGUGAAUGUCGAGCCCACUCCCAUCCAUGAAAUCAUCGCCACCACCAGCAUUGUCACUGUUACCGAAAGCCCAGCCACACCCAUUUUGGCCUCCACAAUCUCCAGCCCGUCAGACAAAGCCAAGCUCCAGGCCCCGUCUCUCCGAGUGUUCGAGCCGGCAAAGGUCAAAGGCUGGGGACGCUUCAAGGAGUCCAACUGGAACAAGGUGUCCAAAGCAGAGUCCAUGGAGACGCUACCCGAGCGGACUAAGGCAGGGGCAGCCCACGAGUCCCAGACCUCGCUGAAGAAAACCGACUCGUGUGACAGCGGCAUCACCAAGAGCGAUCUGCGUCUAGACAACAUGGGGGACAGCUCCCGCACCACAGGCACCACACCACAGGACCGCAGCCCUAUGGCACCCCUUGAGGUGGCCAAGCAGCACGCCUUCUACCCCAUCCCAGAGCAGACUCUCCAGGCUUCUGUUCUGGAGCUCAAGCUGGAGCUCAAAGAGGACUUGAAGGCCUUAAACACCCGCAUGGCUGGCCUGGAGGCCCAGCUAGCAGAGGCUCUGAAGCUCCUCAAGGUCCAAAGGAGAGCUCCCAGCUCCCCCAAGCCUCUUUUUGAGAUCUCUAGACCCACCACACCAGACUCGGACAAGGAGGACAUAUUUUCAUAGAAGCAAAAAGGGACUUACGUUGAGAGUGUGAAGACAGGCAACAGAUUCAGAAAAUCUUUGUCCCAAUGCUGGGCAAUUUGGUCACAGGGCCACAGAUUCUGGGAGUUGUUGGUGUAUCUCAGCUGAGGCCAUUUAUUGUCCCUCAGCUUGCCGAUGCCUGUGAAAGCAGCAGAUGACGGAGCUACGAUGCUGUUAAUUUAAAGAGGAUCUGGUGGUUUUACCCGUGGGCUAUGGAACCUUGGAGUUGAUCCCGUCGGUCAUUUUGGAGAAUCUGGGGUGUGCGCAGUGAAAGGGGUCUAGGUGCACUGCAGUGACCUUUAGACCACCAUGGGUUUGGCCCUCUCUGUGACCCACAGACACAGGUUCACAGCUGUACUCUUGUGUUCUCCUGGUCUGCUUGUGCACAUCAGCUGUAUAUUUAAGUUUCUACUUUUUUCCACCAGUCCAUGGAGUUCAAGAGCAGAGCAGCAACAAAUUCAUUAUUGUUCAUUAUCCUUGUAGAUCUCCAAUGGGACCACUAUCUUUAGUGGUUCUCAGAGUAUGGUAUCUAUACGGGGUGAAUCGAUCUUUUGCUUUUCCACUAUCUUUGAACCACCAGUGCACAAUGCAUUCUGGAUGUAUUCACGAUGUCAUUCUAUCACCGUGUAAUACUUUACAAGACUUUAUGCAUACCUUGGAGUUGCCUUUAUAAAUACAAAAAGGAUAUAGAAACAUUCAGCACAGGUGAUACUGUAUAUUGAGCUUUGCACUUGCUAUAAGCAUUCAGUAUAGAUCUUGCUCCUGACAAUGCAUUACACACAGAUGGUUCACAGAACGUAUUACAGUAGGUUGUUUUUACUACUGUACUCUGUAAUCAUUGGAUCACCUUGUAGCCAUCUUCUUUAAACCAGACGAAGGAGGCUGUGUUGACCAAUCAGAGCUCAGGACCAUUAGGUUUCAACCAAUCAAUCUUUUGGUCUGUACGCAGAGAACCAAUCAAAGACCAGCAUAGUCUUUUGAAAGAACUCCAACCCUCUUUUAGACUGACUGACCAUCACCGUAUGUCUUAGCAGUUCUCUGUUCGAUCUGAUAUCUAUAGUCAAGAAACCAAGAAACAACCACCUUUGUUGACUGGUUCGUCUUUAUUCUUGGUCGAUGGUUACAGUGCUGGGAAUUACUCUUAAGGAACUGCGUCUGUUGCACUAACAACGCUCCAUCAUGGCGACAUGUUGUGUUGUUUGGAUGUGGAGGUUGUAUUAUUUAACUGAUUCUUAGUUUAUGUUUGUCAAACAUGGCUCUCUGACACUGUACAUGUGAAACGAAUAGAAAAAGUAUUUCAACAUUUACUGUGUAACUGGGUCUUCCAAAAAACAUACUUUUUCAAGACACUUCUCACUGCAAAAUAUGACUUGCUGCAUGACUUGCGUUGAUCGACAUACAUCACUGUUUGGCCUUGCAGUUUUCCAUAGGCUAGCCUACUGAAUGCUCAUGCUUGGAACUCCAUUACUGAAUAUCAAAGGCAAACAGAACAUUGAGGCCUAUGAAUUAGUAAUCGAUGUAUAUUUUUUAAAUCUAAUUUAUAUCCAGGACAUGUUGAUCUCCUUCUGUCCGGAACUUUCACUAAUUGGAACCUAGCGGUUCCAAAGUUUUCACAUCUUCAAUUAUGUGGGCACCUUCAAUGGGUUUCAUUAAUUUGAGACCUAAGCCUAAUCACAUCGAAGCAGUAUCAUGUUAAUAUUUGAAAAUAUUAUGAUCUUAAUGUUAACUGCUGCCAAAGUUCCUCCCAUCACUAUAUGGGACCAACUGGCGUUUGGGCCCUGGUUUGCCACAAGACAGUGUUAGCCUGAGCUUAAGCAUAGCCAUUAGUUCGGUAAGCCAAUGCGAGUCUUCAGGUCUCAGGCAAGGUUACUCAUCCCGUGAGUGGGGUUUACUAAAUCAGCUUCAUUACAUAUACAUGUAAUUAAUUAUUAGUCUUAGGUGAGGUCUCCACUAAUGGUUGUGUUUUCAUUGAGCUACAUAAUGGCAACAUUGUGUUACAUAACAGCUGAAAUGUACUAAGUAGCCCGCAAAUGGCUAGAAACAGACAGUUGCAACACCGCACUCCAUUAAGUCACUUUCAAUUCAUGCAAUUUAUUAGUGACAAAUUGUCUUAAAGUAUGUACAGUUGAAGUCGGAAGUUUACAUACACUUAGGUUGGAGUCAUUAAAACUAGUUUUUCAACUGUUCCACAAAUUUCUUGUUAAC